UCGCAGGCGAGCCUGGGGAAGAGGAGAAGCCCCCUGAAGAGGAGACCCUCCGCCGGGCGUGUGGUCCCCGAGCGCUGGUUUGCUGGGGCGCCGUCAGGGCAGCCGCAGCCGCCCCUUCAGGACAGAGCGAGCGACAUCUGCCCUCCUCCUCCUCCCCGAGAGAGCCGCCGCCUCCCUCUGCCUCGCCGCCGGCGGGGACUCCAGCCAGCGAGACAAAACAAGCCCGCCUUGCCGGGAGUGGGGGUGUGUGUGUCUGUGUGCCCGCCGCGCGGAAGGCUGUCUGGAGGCGGCAGCCUUGCCAAGUGGCUCUGCGCGCCGCGCCGCUGCUGCGGGUGCCUUCGGGAUGGCCUCUCCCCGCCGCUGACAUGAUGAUGGUGGCGGCGGCGGCGGCUCGGCGGCGCCCGGAGAGGAGGCCGUUGGAUCUCUUCAGGCUCACAGAUGAAAUCAUGCAACAAGACAUCAGGCCUCUGGUUGCUGUGGAUAUCAUAGAACAGCUUCACCGCCAGUUUGCGAUCUUGUCAGGAGGAAGAGGGAUAGAUGGGGCACCGAUCAUCACCUUCCCCGAAUACCCAGGUUUCAGUGAGAUCCCUGAUGAGGAUUUUCUGAAUGUUGUGACAUAUUUAACUAGCAUUCCAAGUCUGGAGGCUGCCAGCAUCGGAUUCAUCAUCAUUAUAGACAGGCGGCGGGACAAAUGGAGUGCGGUAAAGGCGUCCCUCACACGGAUAGCAGGAGCAUUUCCCGGGAACCUGCAAUUGGUCUUUGUCCUGCGGCCGUCCCGUUUCAUCCAAAGGGCGAUCGCUGACAUCGGCAUCAAACUGUACCGCGAUGACUUUAAAAUGAAGGUACCGAUCAUCAUGUUAAAUUCUGUUUCUGACCUACAUGGUUACAUCGACAAGAGUCAGCUGACCCGGGAGUUAGGAGGAACUUUAGAAUAUGGACACAGCCAAUGGAUACACCAUCGAACUGCCAUUGAGAAUUUUGCCAUGACAGUGAAAACCACAGCACAGAUGCUGCAGACGUUUGGAACAGAUUUGGCAGAGACAGAACUUCCCAAUGAUGUGCAGUGUACAGAGGAGCUCUUGUCUUCCCACACAGAGCAGCAUUACAAAUUGAAGGAUGAGCUGAAACUAGCUGUAAAACAGGGGGCCACGCUGCUGACUUGUAUCCGAGAGCCUGUCACACGAAGCGCCACCAGCAAACUGAGCCCAGAUGAGCUUGAAAAUGUGGCAACUGUGGAAAGGUUGCUAGCCCAGUUGGAUGAAACAGAGAGAGCCUUUGAUCAAUUUUGGUCCAAGCACCACCUGAAACUGGAACAGUGUUUGCAGCUCCGACACUUUGAGCAAGAUUUCAGAGAAGUCAAACUUGCACUGGACAACUUGAUGGAAGUACAGGCCGGUUUGAUUGAUAUUGGAGACAGUGUCUCUCGCGUGGAGCAUAUCCUGAAGGAGCAAAAGCAACUGGAAGAGAAAGGACAGGAACCUUUGGAAAAAGCCCAGUCAUUGGCUCUCCACGGAGACCAGCUGAUCCAAAACAACCAUUAUGCAAUUGACUCAAUUAAACCAAAGUGUGUCGAACUCAGGCGUAUCUGUACCGACUUUGCCAAUGAGACCAAGAAAAAAUACGAUGUUUUAGGGAAGUCCCUUGAAUUGCACAAACAGUUAGAGAAGGCUAGCCAGUGGUGUGAAGCUGGAAUCUACCUCUUAGCUUCCCAAGCUGUAGACAAAUGCCAGACACAAGAGGGAGCUGAAACAGCACUUUGCGACAUAGAGAGAUUCCUGGAGACUGCCAAGGACCACCAGCUGCUGAACGCAAAGGAAUUCUACAAUCAGUUUGAUAUGAUUCUCACCCCAGAGAUAAAGAGCAAUGCCCAAAGAGUUCUUCAGAAACUGGAAGAUGUGCAAGAAAUGUUCGACAAGAGGCAAGUGAGUCUGAAGAAGCUGGCAGCAAAGCAAACCCGGCCUGUUCAACCUGUUGCCCCACAUCCCGAAUCGUCACCAAAGCGAGCGUCUCCUAAAAGCAUCCGGCCUGCAACUUUAGCUACCAACAGGAGAUCAGUAGAAAUUUCUAGUCCUCCAAAAUCCAUUUCAGAUGCAGAAUUAUCAAAAAAGAAGAACACUAAGAAGACUAAAGGUGGAAUUAAGAUUGAAGUGAUGCAUGAAGCCAGUCAAGGAGGUUCUAGCAGAGUCUUGGUAAUGAGUGAGAGUGAGGAGAAUCUUUCUACCAGGAGGAGCCAUAUAAUAAAUGAACUGAUAGAAACAGAACGGGUAUAUGUAGAAGAGCUUCAAAGCAUAAUAGAGGGCUAUGCCUCAGAAAUGGAAAAUCCUGAUUUAAUUCACUUGAUCCCGACUGCAAUUUCAAAUAAGAAAGAAAUUCUUUUUGGAAACCUUUCAGAAAUCUAUGAAUUUCACAACAGAAUCUUCCUCAAAGAGCUGGAAAAUUGCAUUGAAAAUCCAGAGCUUCUUGGUCGGUGCUUUUUAAAAAGAAAGGAAGAUCUCCAAAUAUAUGAAAAAUACUGUCAAAACAAACCAAGGUCAGAAGCUCUCUGGAGACAGUGUGGAGACAGCCUCUUCUUUCAGGAAUGUCAGAGGAAACUGGACCAUAAGCUUUCCCUAGAUGCCUAUCUCUUGAAGCCAGUCCAGAGGAUUACCAAAUACCAGUUGCUUUUAAAGGAAAUGUUGAAGUGCAGCAAGAACUCAGAAGGCACUGCGGAACUAGAAGAAGCUCUUGCUACAGUGCUGGAUAUAAUCAAAUCAGCCAAUGACUCCAUGCAUCAGAUUGCAAUAACAGGCUAUGAGGGAGAUGUACAUGAGCUUGGCAAAUUGCUACUGCAGGGCUCCUUCAAUGUUUGGACAGACCACAAGAAGGGUCAUAACAAAGUCAAAGAUUUGGCCAGGUUCAAGCCGAUGCAAAGGCAUCUCUUCCUCUAUGCGAAAAUCCUGCUCUUUUGCAAGAAGAGGGAAGAAAAUACAGAUGGCCAUGAGAAAUCGCCUUCAUACAGCUUUAAAAAUUCCUUAAAGAUGAGCACCGUCGGUAUUACUGAAAAUGUCAAAGGCGAUAACAAGAAAUUUGAGAUUUGGUACAACGGCAGAGAAGAAGUCUAUAUUAUCCAGGCUUCUUCUGUGGAGCUGAAAAACACCUGGGUUUCUGAGAUUAGAAAAGUGCUGACAGGACAACUGGAAGCUUGCAGAGAGGCAAGCCAGCUACACCAAAGAAUCACUGAGAGUGUGUAUCAUGCGCCCAUGAAUUCAACCAACUCCUCCAGGUACAGCAGAAAGUCGGUCAGCUUCUGCGAAAACAGAUCUGAGCUCUCAGGCCUGGAGAUGUUGAACAACCGAGACAGGAACACCAGCCCCAAUGCUAGACAAAAAAGAGCCGAUUCUUCCUCCAGCCUUAAUCUUGAGCGUUCAGCUCUUGCUAGAAAGCGGUUUACAUUGCAAGGUCUUUCCAACCGCAGAGCGCCACCCAAAGAUCCAGAAUCUAAAGAGAGAGAUGUUACCCGUCGCUUUUCCCUAGCUUCCUCCAUCAGCACCACAACUAACACAUCUGCUCUAACCAAAGCUCACAGAGGCACAACUUGGUCAGGUCCCUUUGUUCCUGCAGUUAAAGUCAAGAGGCAUGAAAUAAAAAGCGACCCAACUCCUCUGGGGUUCGAAGAUGCUUUUGAAAGUACCAUCUUGGCUCAAGCUAAAUGCAGUGCUCUUCCCUCAACAAAAUCGGUACCUAGAUCUGCUUCACAGACAGGAUGGCCCAGCAGGCAGAUGCCGUCAGUAGAUACUUUUGAGGAUUUUGAAGUCAUCCCAUCCAGUGCCGAGGAACUCUCCAAUUCUUCAGAUAUGGAGGAAGAAAACCAGCCUAACAACGGAUCCAAUCUUUACCGGGUAGAAGGGAGUUUUGACACCUGUUUCCCAGAUUCCCUUACUCUAGAGGAUGGAGAUUUAGUGCAGUUUGUACAGGAAGGUGAAGAUGGACAAUGGUUAGUGAAGAAGCUGGUUUCUGAGAAAACUGACUGGGUCCCGCCCAGCCUGCUACAGCCAGCAGAGGGGGACGCCAACAACAUCCGCAGAAACAGCAGCACAGAUGUCUACAGUGGUCCCCGCAACACCGCAUCCAUCCACUCCGAAAUGAAGGCGAGCGAGCUGGCCAGAAGCUUAACAGCUGAACAGAAAGCUGGUAGCUGAACACUCCUUGAAGCAUUUCCUCAGGACUCCCUCCUCUUCUUGGUUUACUGGCAGAUGCUGGAUUGAAAAGUCUGUUCCACAAGCUUUGAAUUUCAGAAUUCUGUGAAAUUUCAUCAGCACGAAAUACAUUUUAGAAAAAAAAUUCUUUAUGAGCUAGGAAAUCUGGAGAACAACUUAAAAUGCAAAGGCAUCAAAAGCUAUCUUAGUUAACAAAUGCACCCACCGUGUGAUUUUUUUAAAAAAACUGUUUUCUAAACCAUUGAAAAGGGUGUUGCCUAAAUUAGGCCGACAGCAGCGAAAGGAUCCUAAUGCCUUCAGCCUUGUGGCAAUGCUAGUUGAAUGCUGGAUUAUUUAAGGACUGAUCUACAGAUCUCCCAGAUGAUAUUCUGUUGAAGAGACCAUCUCAGAUUUAUCUGUUCACUUAGCUGUGCUACUCAGCCUCUCCUUGUUUUCCCUGGCUCGAUCACCGCAGGCUUGAUUAUCUCAAGACAAUCAUCAACAGCAAGAACAAGUUGGAUAAUGGCCAAGAAGAUGCCAUUCCUGAACCUGGGCCAACCACGAUGCCUUUGCACAACAGUGAAGGGUGUGACAUGCUUUUGGCUAUAACCUUCUGCCCACAGAGUGUGUUGGAAACAGAUGGGCAUUGGAAACAGAUGGGCAUCUUUGGGGCCAAGAAGGGGAUGGGUUAGAUCAAGAGAGGAGGCAAUUCUGGGCUAUGCUUGUGGUAUUGAGAGGCUGCCUCUAUUUCCCCCAGCAUGUGACUGAGGGAACACAUCACUUUGCACUCGGUGCUGACAAUUCUGUCUGAUGCUGCCAUUCAAUGUUCUACAUUUAAGUAGAGUGCAUGUUGGAUACAUUGUACAUUGGACUCUGGAACAGGAAAUAGUGCCCGCCCACCCCCACCCUCCCCAAAAUAUUUAAUAUAUCUCCAUAUGACAUACCCAGUAUGUUUAGAAACUUGCAAAUGGACCUGUUGUUUAAAUGAUCAUGUGGUCACAUUGAAGGGUUGCUGCCAUGAUACUUUAAGAAAGACUGUACCAACUCUCAUGAUGGACAAUGUCACGGCUUCAAAUUCAUGAGAUGCAAGAUGCUUGUGAGUUCCAGGAAAGAAAAGACAUAUAUCAAGGUUUUUUGCAUGGUGGAAUUUGAGAGUGAAUGGGGAAGUUAGGUCCCACAAAGCUGCUAGUAGUGUAAUGUUCAAAAAUAAUUUUGAUCUAGGAAUAGGGCUAUUCUAUGAAGGCUGCUGUAUGUAAAGGUAGAGCAUAGGGUGAAAUCCCAAUAAAGCCUCUCCCAACUGACAUGUUGCCACCACCAAGUGGCACCACAUGAUGGGAAGGUUGAGUCCCAGGAUCACUAGCAAUGUUGCAAAGGAUGUUGGGAUCAGUGUUCCUUCUAAGAGGGAUUCCCAGAUGUUGUUCAUUGCAGCUCCCCCAACAUCCCCAGUUGCAAUGGCCUUUGGCUGGGGAUUAUGGGAGUUGUAGUCAACAACAUCUGGGGAUCCCUGUAACAAGGAACACUGGUGGGGAUGAUUCAUACUGCUUGAUUGACACUCUUAACAAGGUUACUACCCUAAGUAACUGCUUGAGUUGCCCAUGCAGUUGGGCUGGCCCUUGCUGUGUCAUGGACAAACUCAACAUUUAUGCAAGUGUUUCAGAGGUGAUUGGGCUUUCCAAAAAUCUUUCUUUGCAUUUCAGUGCUGUGGCUGAAGUUAUAGGUCAUUUCCCCAGUACGUUAACCAACAGAAUGACUGAAAUUUAAAAUGUCUUUCCACCUAUGAUUCAUACUAUCAAGCAUCUACAUUGCAAUUUUUGUACACUAAAAAAGAAGGUUUGUAAGUAAACAAAAAUGGCAGAAACCACCAUUUUGAAACCCAAAGACAAUCAGAUUAUUCCCCACAGAGAUCAAUGGAAGAAAAUCAGGAAAAAUAAAUGGCUGGGCCUAGGACUUCAAAAUUCGGCACAGGUGAAGAACAAUCUGCAAUUUCUAAUGUAUAUUUGUUUUUGUUUUGUUUUAUGAGGUGUUCUUGUGCAAGAGCACCAUUGUGGCAACCUCAUAAAACAAACAAAAUCAUUAAACAUUUCAGGAUUGUUGGAUUCACUUCAAAUUCAUUACACAGAGUCCUUCCAUCAUGUAUUUAACCUCUGCCAAAUUUAAAAGUCCUGGGUCCAGAUGUCCCCCCCCCCCAAUUUUUUCAAUUUCUUCAUUUAUCUCAGUAGGGAACAAUCUGAUGCUAAAUCAGACUUCUGACUGGAAAUCUGACUCUGACCUGACAUCAACACCCCUAGGGACCCAAUAAUCCAAUCCCGAUAUUUUCAAAAUCGGAUCAGAUCGGAUUCGGAUCUGAUCUUUUUGUACGUGCACAGCCCUAAAUCAGUGUAUAGUUGGGAAAGAAUUCAAGUCCAAAUCAUCUGAGUCUAGUACUCCUUUGGCUCAAACUCAUAAUAUUACAUUUUUAAUGUGUACUACACAGGCACUAUCAGUCUUGGCAAUCUUUAAAGACUGCAGCGAUAAAUAAAGGAGGCCUUUUUUAAAAGGCCGGUUCACACAUGAAGCAGCAGAUCUGAAUUUCCUAUAUACAACCUUGUUCGGUCUGUGCUUGUCUACACUUGCAUAGAGAUCAUAGUCUGCACCCAACCAACAUCUAUACACUUACCCAUGCAAUUGCUGUGAUAAAACAGCCAUUUUUUCAGAGGCUGCAAUACAAGAAUUGCAGAAAGCACAUGCAGACAGGUAUGUGUGUGCUCCAGUUCACAUGCUAAAAUGACCAAGCUUGACCCUAAGGAUUAUCUGUGUGGCAAAUUCAGCUGAGUGGCUGAAUUUCAUGAAUUAGCCCAUCUUCUAAAUUGUGGUUGUUGGAAGUGGGGAGGUUAUGAUACUCCGCCUCCGGACUGUUGAAAAUUCCACUGAGGUGUCUUCUGAUUUCUAGUCCUAUUUCAUAAAUUUUAUAGCCUUGGCCAUGUUUUGCUUCUCAAUUCAAGAAGACUAGGAAGCUGGUUGUUUAAGUGGAAACUGAUUUUCAGGACUGCAAGAAAACCAUUAUGCUCUGCAUAUUCCUUAGAUAUGUUCUAUGAAGCCAUAUUAUACAAUUCAUUGCACAUGGCUGCAGCAGUUCAUAUUCUUCCUCCCUCUUGCUAAGAGAGAGAAAGCUGUGUGACCUGGUUACUUUUUUAAAAAAAGAACUCACCUAAAAUCCUCUAUAUCCAUGUUGUGUCCUCUUCCCCUAAGCAGUGGUCAGUGUGUGUGUGUGUGUGUGUGUGUGUUUUGCAGGUGGGGUUGGAGAGAGAUUUAAUUUUCUUGAGGCUUGUGCCUCUUAUAUACAAGACUGCCAAUAGGGUUUCAACAAGGUCCUUAAACAGUUGUAUGAUUUUAUUUAUUUAUUUACUAUUUUAUUCAUUGAUCUUUAUAUCAGCCAUGUCAUUUUCUGCUGGGAUACUCCUGGCACAGCCAAACUGAGUGUAGACAAUCUUGUUUUGUGGCCAUCCUAAUUUAUUAUAAAUUAUUUCAAUCGCCUCUAUAUAUGUAUAUAUGUGCAGGCAAGUACUGUUUGCUUUGCUAAAUGACGAACAGAUCUUUUCUGCUUUAAAAUCCAUGAAGACAAUAAUUCUGAGAUGUACUAAGAGGGAAAAGACCAGGCCUGUAAUCCAGAAUGGGAUAUCUGUGUGCAGAAGCAGGCUUCUGUACACACAGGCAGUUCAGUUCAAUUCAUAUUAUGACGUUCAUUAGGGUCCCCAAAAAUAGUAGAUGCAUCUUUUGAUGGGCCACUAGCUGAAUAUGGACUUUAGCUGGAUCAAGGUCUGGGAAUGUAAAAAGUUCUGACUGGGGUUUUUGUUUUAUUUUUGUUAUAUCAGAUCAAAUGUCAGUUUUUAAAAUCACAUUCUGGAAAGAGUUAAGAAACUCAUGAUGGGCCUAUCCUAAGAUUUGCUGUGCGUGCUUGUAGAUUAUGGCUGACACAUGUGAAAUGGUAUGCACACAGUGGAGUGUAGCAUUUGCACAGUCGCACAAAGCACUGUUGCCCAAGUGCAAACAUUGUACAGAAUUGCACAACAGUGUAGCCAUGAUAUAUAAUGGCUGUACUGUUGCACAACUCUUGUUUGCGUGAUUUUGUGCAUGCACAACAGCUCAAACAUUCAAUUCCACCAUGUGUGUUUACACUGCACAGUAUGCAAGCCUAUCUGCUUACAAAAGAACAUACCACCAUCCCCAACAUUAUGAACUACAGAUAAUGGAGAUCUGCCAGUGUUGCAUAUAAUCACAUAUGCAUAGAAUCAGGUUAUGUAUCAUCCUCAUAUGGGAUUAAAACUCAACCAGAAAUUAAUCUGUUUAAGUGGUUCUUGCCAUUUUACAAGAAGGCUUGUAGCAGGGAAAUAGACUCUAAAAUAAAUUUGGCAUUUCCAAACCAGGGCAAGUAUGUACGGCACCACUCUCAUUGUGCUAUUUGCCAUCUAAACACAAACACGCAUACCCAUAAGAACUGGGUAUUAAGCCAUAUUGAAAAUCAUUUGGGAAAUAUGUGUGUGCAUAUUAUUUUAGCUUUAAAGUGGCAGGGAGAUAAGUUGAUGAAUAUUCAUGUAUUCUAUUCUUUUUAACUGAUAAAAAUACUUAUAUCCCAACUUUAGUGCCAAAGCACAUCAUGGUGGCAAAAAACAUAGAUCAGAAACAUCCAUCAAAACCAACCAAUCAGAAGCAACAAAGAACAGGAGUGGGGCUAUACUGUCAGCAGCAAGAGACAACUCUUAGUACAGUAACUCAAGACAACCUGGAAAACUCUCUACAGUAACAGAGUAUUCUUUGGUUGAUGCCUGAAGGCUGACAGCAAAGGGGUCAGAAUGCAUCUCCUCCAGGUGGGAAUUCUGAAGCCUGGUGCCACCACAGUAAAAGGUCAUGUUUCAGUUGAUCUCUCACCCUACCUUAGUUAUACACUUGUCCUGUUUUCAAAAAAAUAAUCAUGGCGUGGUGGUUGGAUAGCCAUGAUUUUCAGACUUUCUACCUUCAGGGAACCCUUUACAUAUCAAUGAGUCCACCGUGAGCAUGAAGGGCAUAUUGCAAAGGAUUCUGGGAUGCAUUCUAGGCCACUGAUUUGUUUCACCUUGUUCGGUUUGGCCUCGCCUUGUAUGAACCGAGGUUUCCCUAAAGCACACCUAACACUCCUUAUGUCCUUGCGGAAGAUGAGUAAUAAUAGUCGUGAAGAAAGCUGUCUUUCAGGUAGAGUGAACAAUUCUCCGGGACGGGCCUAGAGUCUCCCAGAAACCAACAUCAGUGUCCAGGUCACUAUUGAAAGCAAUUCUGGACAUUUUAGUGGCUUGGUAUUUUGAAAAAAAAUAGGGCAACGGUAUCCAAGAAUAGCUUCAGUCAAAGUUAACAACCCUUCUUUCAAAGAGUAUUUUCUAUCAUUACUGAUCUUCUGGUUGGGGAAGCCCUGAAACACCUCUGAGGAAUCCAAAAGUAUUACCCUAAAGCAAAAUUCCAUGGUAUGGAUCUUAUAAAAAAUGCAUUUCUGUACUCUUCUUUAAAAAGCCAUGCCAUACUGGAGGAGAAAGCGGCCACUGGUACCAGACAUCAUCUCCAUGACCUGCAUAUUCUGAAGACCUCUCGAGGCCCAGAAGUCACCAGGUGUCAAGUUCCUGACCCCUUUGCACCAGUUCUAUGGUGCAGAACUACAGAUGGAGAGUUAAGAGUCAGGAGCACAUCUUGGGGGAAAUAAUUUUUUGCCCCAUUAUUAUACCUUUUCUGAUCAAGCAUAAGCAGAAGACUUGUGUUUUAUUUUGAAUUGAUUUAGGGCAGGUGUGCCCAUCCUUGAGUCCCCAGAUGCGGCUGGACUACAACUUCCAUCAUCUACAGCAAUUGUAUUUGUGGAUGAUGUAAGUUGCAGUCCAAUCACAUUUGAGAACCCCUAAUUUACUUACACACACACACACACACACACACACACACACACACACACACACACACCACCUUAUCACAGCUAUACUGAAGACCUAUCGGUCUUUAACACUAGAAGAUCUCUUUAAAAAUACUCAUGAGAUUUGCUCUUUAAAUCUAUAGUAUAUAAAAUCAUCUCAUUCUUUCUAGAUUUCCUUCGUCAGCUAGUAAUGCAAUCACUGCUUAAAUUCUUUCUCCCCCAAAUACUAUUUGGUUCCAGAUGUGUAAUUCUUACCAAUUUUUCAUGUUGAGGAUAAUAAUGGUAUUUGUAGUUUGUGGUUGAUGAAGGAAUGAUGGAGGAGAAACCACAGAAACUGCUCUUCUCUCUUUCCUCCUCUCUUGUAUCAGGACCGAAUGUAUGAAUGUAUUACAAAAUAUGUGUGUUAAGCUGGAAUUUCUGUACAUAGACCAUUAUGAACUGUGUAAAACCAAUCCUUUGUUUGGACUUUAUAAAAAUUAUAAAUACUGUAUUACAAAACUGCCUGCAAAA